GCAAAAGACUGGGUGCUAGGAGAUGUCAACAAACAUGUCGGACCAUGACUACGCUUUCAAGGUUCUUGUUUUGGGAGAUAGUUCUGUUGGAAAAUCCAGUCUGAUUAGAAGAUUUCACUCAAAUGUUUUUGAUAAACGACUUCCUACGACUAUUGGAGUCGACUUUUUUAUCCACGACCUGGAAGUAGACGGGAAGAAAGUCAAGCUUCAUUUGUGGGACACAGCAGGUGAAGAGAGAUUCAGACAGAAUGGACUGACCAGCUCCUAUUACAGGGGUGCUCAGGGCGCACUCAUGGUGUUCUCUCUGUCAUCACGCAAAUCAUUUGAAAAUAUCCAGACUCACUGGUUGGAGGAAUUUUACCAGAAGAGCAGUGGAUCAGAUACAGUUACAGUUUUAGUGGGUAACAAAUGUGACUUGGAGGAUAAAAGAGAAGUUGAUGAAGAUGACAUAAGGGAAUUUGCAGAGUUGAAUUCCAUGUGUUGGUUAGAAACAAGCGCCAAAGACUGUACUAAUGUGAAAGAAGCUUUUGAAACAAUGGCUUACAAACUGUGUGAGAGCCAUGAGCAGUAUCUGUCAUUUUCAUCAGAGAACAGCAUUGGACCAAGUAGUUUUACCCUUCAUGGAGCCUAUGGUGUGCCUGAACAAACAGAAGGCUAUUGUUCUGGUUGUACUUCAACAAGUUAACUACAGUUAAAUGAUUACAGUGUUAAAUGAUUGUUUGUCUUGUCACAACUGAGAAUAGCAUAGGAGAGAUUCUGAUCCUGUUUCUUGCAUAAAUUUUAGAAAAUUCAUGUGUCACUUAUUUAAAAAAAAAGAAACAAAAUCUCUGUGCUUGUGUUCAAGGUUUCAGUGAAAUCUUGAGGUUUCCAUAAAAUAAAAGAACAAAUUCACAAGUCAUGUACAUUUCAUGAGGCAAAUCAGGCCAUAGGCUGAUGAUAAAUUCAUGAAUUAUGCGCCUAUUUAAAAAAUUCACAUAUUGCAUAUAAACUCUAUGGUUCCAUACACAUUUUUAAUGUUGAAACACUGUAAGUAAAACACGCCUUGUAUGGAGGCUGUUUGAGAUUGGGCAGGCAAGGCCAAUGUAUGAGAAGAUCUAGGCCACAGUCUUACCUAUAAAUCAGCCACAGUCAUUCUUUGAGAUAUCUCUCCUACACACAGGGUUUCACUGGAUUUUAAGUGUGUUAUCUAAGAGUGCAGUUGAGCUUUUAGUUAUUAUUGCACUCUACAAUUUAUGAUGUAGGUCACAGUCUACUAGGAUAACAGCAUUCUUUUGAGGAAGAAAAUAGUUAAUAGAAGUAAAGGUAGGGUUCAGUUCUUCCCUCCACUUAAGCCUGCAUACCAAACCCCCCAGUUGAAUCUGACUUUAAAAAGAGGAACAUUGAAAAUUAAUUAGUUCUGUCUGGUUCUGUCUGGAAGUAAGAAGAUACAUUACUUUCAGCUUUUUCUUCUUGUCAGAAUUCAUAUUUGUGCUUUCUCCAAGGCAUUAGUGAGAAUUAGCCAUAGCUAGCUCAACUACAAAAUAGCAACAUUUUCAAAAUGCACCAAUCAUAUGUAAAUAGAAAGUCUCUAAAUAUUAGAAAGCAACAUUACAUGGAAACUAAUGUCAAGUUUAAUGACUGCAUAAGCAACAUGUUUAAUAGAUAAGUUUUCUGACAGUCAUAAUGUUAAGAAUGUAAGUUACUGGUAGUUACUUCUCAUUUAUUUUAUGUUAUGGUUGUAGUUACAAAAUAGACUUAAUGGCAGGUAUUUGAUAACAUCAUAUUCAAUUUGAAAACCUAAUUUUUAAAUGAAUACAAAUAUAAAUGACCA